UAAAACUCAAAUAGACGAACAAAAUAUCUAUACACAAUAACAGCUAUUAUUAAUGGAAAGUAAGUCGAUAUAAGAAGAAAAAAAAGUGAAGUGAACAUCAUAUAUCUACAAUAUAAGAAAGUUUACUGAUCUGGAAAGUACGAUUCUGCCCCUUUGCUUCCACAGUCUGCCACUUGUACACCUUCUUUGCUCUGCUUUUGUGGAACUAUACAAUAAAGUCUGUUUCAAACUUCACCUUUACAAAAAUUUAAAUCUAAUAAUUUUAUAUUGCUAGCUUUCUUGGUAAACGGGAUUAUAAUCUUUCCCAUACUCAACCUCUCCAUAAGGUCUUUUCGAUAGGUUUUUUUUAUCUCUCUUUCUAUCUACCACUCUCUGCUGUAUCUCCAUCUCUCACCUCUUUUGAAAACUGCGCCAGCUCCAAUCUUCAACAUCUUCAUCUUCUAUCUUCAACAUCUUCAUCUUCUAUCUUCAACCUCUGCAUGGCUCGUCCGAUGGAAAAAAUUGUUGACAUCAACGACACCAAGGAGUUGUGGAAAGUGGCGGUGAGAGUUGCUCAUAAGUGGAAGGUUGUAUCGAACAACAAAGAGCACUUUGAGAUGAUCUUCCAAGACAGAGAGGGCUGUGAUAUACACGUUGUUGUUCCAACUGCAUGCAUGGCCGCGUACAAUGAGAAGUUUGAGGUGGACCGCACCUAUACUGUCUCAAAUUUUGCGGUUCAGUCUAAUAACUUACUUUUCAAACCAAGCUCCCACAAGUUCUUGGUGAAGCUUACUGGAGGAACUGCGGUUGGUGAUGUUGACAAACAUGACAUACCCCUCAAACCACGCCCCUUCACCAGUUUCCCUGACAUCAUUAACGGAAACUUUCAGAAGAAUGUACUCAUUGAUGUUAUUGGUAUGCUCGAGAGUGUUGGGUAUCAACAGACGCAAAGUGGCGGAAAAAAAUGUCAGGCUAAUUUUCUACUGAGGGAUGCAAGCAACAACACCAUUAAUUGCACCCUCUGGGAAGACUAUGCCAAACAGUUUUUUAAGUUUACCGAGGACAAAUCUGCUACAAGUGGGCCUAUUAUUGUUUUGAUUCAGUUUGCAAAAGUUAAAGAAGCUGGCCACUACCCUCUCUCCGUUACCAACACAUUCCAUGUUACCAAGCUCCUUAUCAAUUCAGAUCUCCCUGUUGUCAAGGAAUUCCUUAACAGUUUCCCAAAGGAAUCCUUACGUGUUGUUUCCACACAGCUAACCUCUCAGUCUCAACAAUACUCCCGCACAUCGACAAAUGAUAACGGUGGACAAUGUCAUAUGCAGAAGUUGCUGAAAGGUGCUAUUUCAGUUCCACAGACGCAUGAUACUUUCUACUUACAUGCCCGGUAGCAAACGUCGGAUUCUGUUGUUUCCCUUUGCCUUUCCCACGGACUACUGGAAUUUCAUCGUCUUCCUCGACCAUGGGUUCUGUUUUCACCUUCGUUCUUUCAAUUUCUUCCAUCGCAGCUAUACUUUCUUUUUUCACACGUCGUGCCUCUUCCAGCAUUUGUCUCAGAACAUAACUGCGUGUCCGUUUGAAAUUCUUUUGUGUUGAAACAACACAUUCUUCAUCUCUGCAUACGAAAAAUAUAGCUUCAUGAAUAUAUGACCGACAAUACUUUUAACACAUAUCUAAUACCCAUUUACAGCCACAUGCAAGACAAAAUAAAAGUACAAAUCGACCGUUAGUGUAACAGACCGAUAAACCCAUCAACACAUCUCUAUUUCGCAUAUAUAUUCACAUGCAACAGAAAAUAUAACUCCAAAAACUGAGUUAAUAUAACAGACCGAUAAACUAUGGGCAUAUAAAUACACAUGCAAUAGAGAACAAAACUCCAAAUCGUCAUUGCAUGUAACUUUUCGCCAUAACAAUUAGUUUACGGCGAUGAUCGGAAAAGAAAACUUUCAAAGAACAACAACGCUUCCACUGGAGUUUACAACAACUAAAGAGUAAAAUACCUUGCUUGGUUUGGGUUAACCGUAUCUGGGUUGUGCUUCGCUGCCAUUGAUUCCGUGAACUGACUUGCCAUUUUACUCUCAGAAAGGGUUGAGGGAGACAAAGCGAUUAGGGUAUUCCUUUUAUCUCAACAAAUGCGUUUUACAAAUAAUAACUUCUGUUUCCAACUAAUGAGCGUUACAUUUCCAAAAUCCGACCAUUAAUGUCUUUUACUUCAACAUUAAUUUCUUUAUGUUGUUUCUUAUUCCAUAAUAAACAAACCUUUUCUUUUAAUUCCAAAUUUAAUUUUUUAUAUUAUUUAUUAAUUAACCUAUGACAAACGUUUUUUGUUAAUUAUUUGUUCACGUCUAUUUCUUUAUUUUUUUUAUUAUAUUACUUGAUUACCACUACUUUUUAUUGUAGAUUAA